AUGCGAGGCGGCCGGCCCAUCCCCGCGCGCAACACACCCAUCUCCGAUCACCGCCCCGCUCCUACCAACCUCCCCUGCCUGCUUCGCCACCGCGCGUAUCGUUGCGCGCGCUGCCCGUCUGCCCGCCAUCACUCGCUCGCACGGGCCGCCAUCGUUCUGCGCAACUCCCCCCUCGCGCCAACACCGCCCGUCCAACGCGGGUCGCACAAUAUGUUAGUAUCAUCCUCAUCCCCCCCAUUUCUUUCCGCCCAUCCCUUCCGCUCAGUUUUUUCCGCCCAUCCCUUCCGCCGAUUUCUUUCCGCCCAUCCCUUCCGCCCAUUUCUUUCCGCCCAUUUCUUUCCGCACAUUUCUUUCCGCCCAUCCCUUCCGCCCAUUUCUUUCCGCCCAUCCCUUCCGCCCAUUUCGUUCCCCCCAUUCCCUUUCUCCCCCUUCCUUCCCCCUACUGUCCCCCCUCCUACCCCCCUCUUUUCCCCCUCCUUUCCCAAGCCUCUCCCCCUCCUUUCCCCCUCCUCUCCCCCUCCUCUCCCCCUCAUUUCCCCCUCAUUUCCCCCUCCUUACCCCUUCCGCCCUCCUGCGUUUGUGCCGCAUCUGCCUCUUUCCCCCACCUUUCCCCCCACCUUCUUCCCUGUUUCCCCUCCUUUCCCCGUCAUCAUCCUUUUGCCCUCCUUUUUCCUCCUGCGUGCGCCCCCCCCCCCAUGCCGCGCUGCAGGCGGCACUCUGGCAGGCGUGCCACUGCCUGGGCGCCCCCCAGUGCGGCGGGGCGCCAUGCAGGGGAGGCCACGGCAUCACCGCUCAUGCACGCACCCCUCCUUCCGCCCUCCCUGCCCCUCCUCCGCCCUCCUUUCCCCCUCUCUCUCCCCCAAUUCCUCUCCUUUCUCCCUCCUGCCCAAAGCUUCCUGCCCCCCUCUUUCCCCCCCCUUUUUCCCUCCGUUCCGCCUGCUUCCCCUCUCCCGUCCCCCUCUUUUUUUCCUCCUUUCCCCCUCCGUCCCCAUCCUUCCCCCUCCUUCCCUCUCCUUUCCUCCGAUUCCUCUCCAUCACUCCUCCUUUACCUUCCCUUCACUCUCCUUCUUCACCCCCGUUUUCCCCUCCUCCCCCCCUUUUGUUCCGCCCCCUUUCCCCAUGCUGCCCCCAGCCUGCCGCCCGCCUGCCCUGCUGUGUGCUCUCAAGGCGCCAGUGCUGCGGAGGAGGGCAGGGGAGGGCACCGCCUCCUAUUCCUCUGCCCUUCUCCUCCUUUCCCCUCCUUUCUCCACUCCCUUCUUCCUCCUUUCCCCGCCUUUCUUCGCUGCCUUCCCCCUGCUGCCGCGCUGCAGGCGGCAGGGGUGCAGGCGGCGUGCAGGGAGGGCGGGAGCGGGGAGGCAGGCAGGCGUGGUGUCUACGGGGCCCACCACUCGCCCUGCCACCACACGUGCUGCUCCUCAGCCCCUCCUUCCUACCGCUUGCCCACUCCCCCCCCUCCCUCCUCGCCAUGCCCCAUCUCCAUGCCGCGCCAUCCACUCCCCACAUCACCCUGCAUGCCCCCACCCCCCCUCGCCCUCUCCCCACCGCGCCGCUCGCACUCCCACGCGCACCACUCGCCCCUCCACGGCGUGUCCCCUCUCAGCAGUCAACGCCGUGAGCUGGGCCGCGGUGCCCCGUCACUUGCUGCUGCACCUGAGCACCGCCUGCACGCUCACAUCCCCCUCACCAGUCGCUACACGAGCCAUCGUGCCAGCACCUCAUGGGAAAACCUCAACUGCCAUGCCUGCAUGCACCUCAUGCCCAGCAGUCAAGGCCGCCAUGGGCGCCGUGGGAGGGCAGCCAGCGCGGCCUUGGACGUUCUGCGAGGCGGCUUGA